AUGGAGAGAAAAUUGGUCGCCGACACAAAGGGGACACCUAUCAGUGUAGAACUUUGCAGAUAUAGAAUGUUUAAACGACGUAGUUUAUAUCCUUUGGGGAAUCCUCACGUGGAUUUCAGGGCAGGUUCAGCAAUUAGACUUCCUGGCCGGUACUGGACUCGGAGAGUCGUGGUCUAUCCGGGCUCUCCGGGCAGCGCCUUCCAGCCCGCACGGGUCUCGGGAGCGGAGUCGCGUGAACUUGAGCGCGUGCGGGCCAGCAGGCUGAGGAUGCAGGCGCUUCAAUCACUCAUUAUUGACGCAUUCCAUGGUAAAGGAUUUCAGAAAAUAAAAGAAUAUUUUCGACAGAGAGGGAGCCACAUUCCUCAAAAAUAUAAUCAUCUUGUAUUAUACCAUCUUGACAAAUCAAUAAAUAAGGAACUGGAUAAAAAAGAAUUUCGGUGUGUUUUACUGUUGCUGAAAUGUAUUCAGCGGUUCUUCAUUGAUGGCCUCACAGAAGAUGAGCCUUUGCUAAUUCAGCAGGGACUGAUCCCAAAGAUGUCUACCUGGUUUGAAAGAACAGUAGGAUUUCUGACUGUGGAAGAUCUAGCUUCGGACACAUCCUUGAUUGAUGUUACAGAAGACUUCUUUGACACAGCACUGAUUAUUUCCAGGAGGAGUAGUAAAGGUAAAAUUCAGAUGUUGGGUUCCUUCAUGUUUACCUUAGGAUUUCUGGUGACAGAAAAGACGGUAAAUCAUUUUAUUCAACAAGAGGCUCUGAAGACGCUGAACAGCAUUUUGCACGCUGUGCCUUGGGAAGAGAAGAAACAACUCCUCUUGUCAGAAGGCCCGUGUCAUCUUCUGAAAGAUUUUGCAAGGACAAUCUCGACUGUGGGUGAUUAUGGCCAGCAGGUUGCUCUUUCUGAAGCAUUGUGUAGACUGACAGCUAAAACAUUGAGGGACGGCCUUGUCCAUCAGUGGUUUGAAGAUGACGUCAUUGCGGAGGCUUUCAAAAAAAUUCAGGAUCGAGAAUUUGAGACGGACAGUAGACGGUUUCUCAAUGACCUAAACAACAGACUUGGUGACCAAAGAAGGGUCUAUUCAUUUCCAUGUAUUGCCGCUUUUGCUGAUGGGCAUGAGAUGAGAAAACCAGCCGAUGAAAAAUUAGAGAAAUUUUGGAUUGAUUUCAACCUAGGAAGUCAGAGUGUAACUUUUUAUAUAGCUAAUACUGAGAGUGCUCUGUGGGACUCAGUAAGGAUUUUGAAAGAAGCAGUGAUUAAUUUCAGCAUAAUAGAAACUGAAAAGAAGAAGAUGUUCAUCAUUUAUGUGAAGCCUAUUAAUAUCAGAAACAAAGAAGUGAGGAAAAUAGAAAUCCAUUUUGAUUUGCAAUUCAACAUAUCACAAGCUUCCAUUGAAGCUUUAGGAGAAGACAAACAGGUGAUGUCUGACCAGACAAAAAUCUCCUCAGAACUUCUUGAUGAGUUUGAAAAGGAAGACACUGAGAGUCCUGUCACCCACAAGAGAGAGCCAGCCCAGGCAGAAGAAUCCACCGAGCGGGCAGAGUUAACGGGUGCUGAAGUUGACCACCGCCUAAUAACUCUCCCCAUAAAUGACCAGUCUGAGCUCGCUCAAACAAAGAAAGCUGAUAGUUCACCUGAAAAAGUGAAACUGGAUGAUACACAACAAGAAGUCAUUUCAGAACAUGAGUAUUCUUCAGAUUUACAAGAACAGUCAGUAAAAGUUCUGGUUCCUAAGUUAAAAGACAAAUCCAGGAAAGAGCCUGCUUUCAAGGGUGACGGAAAGCAAGGAACAAGGAUGUCGAAGUUCAGUUACAGGAAACACCUCUUCUCAGAGAGUAGUCGAGAUUCAAGUUCUAGUACCACUGCACCAUCUUGGACCAAUAACCAAGACAGGAAAUUCUUAAAACCGUAUCCUGGUAGAAGAAAGACAAGGGCCAGAAGUAGCUUAAAAAUCUUGCCUCUUUCCCCUCCCAGACCUGGCAGCGACCGUGAGAAAGACCAAGUUAAACCUCUAACGCCAUUGUGGAAAGAUACUUCCAGGGACAAUGAUGCCAUGUCUCCAGAAAUUUCUGGAACAAAAUUUCAGGGUAGUUCUGCCCAUUUAACUCCUGAAGCUUCUGCCCAGAAAACAGAACUCCAGAGUCCCCACCCAGUGAGCAGUCUCUCUUCAUUGGAGCGCUCAGAAGUUGAAGAGAAUAUAUCUAAGACUGUGAACCAAGACUUAUUCAUGAAAAGGGCAAACCUCAAACGUAAACUGGAAAGCCUGGAAGACAGAGAUGACAGUUUUGCUAUGUGGAAACAGUCAAAAUUGGAAGAAGAUGAUGCUCCCGGAUCCCUUUCCUCAGUGACGGAAGACACAGACCUUGCAGAAGGCAUUUCUGGUCCAUCCCUGGCAGUUGUGCCAGAGAACUUGAGUAGUUCUGCUGUUAUCACCACCUUUGAGAACUUCACCAGAGAACUGAAAAGAAAAUAUGAGCCUAGGUACAGAAGGAGUGUACUUUAUUCAAAAUAUGCCAAGCCAUCACCGAAUUGCCUAAUAAAGCUUUUAAACCAGAUACAUCACUGCAGACUGAAUAAACUGGAGCAGUUUAACGAUUUUCUUCUUCAAGAGUUGACCCAUCUUGAGAAGGAUAUUCAGGCUCUGAAUCACCUUGAGAAGGAUGUUCUGGAAUUUUGGGGGAAACAGGCUGAUGAGCUGGAAUCAUUCUGCGAUCUGCAAAUGCUGAGCCUCUGGGUGCGCGCAGUCCGGGACCCGCGGCGCGCGCCGAACAAGGACCAGCGGCGGGAGCCAACCGCGUCUUCCCGGCCCCUCCACGAUGUCCGAGGCCGAGCAGCCCGAGAGGGUGGCAGCCACGCGGCGGUGGAGAAUCACGUGAGGGUGAGCAGCUCCGGGCUGGGGCGAUGGGCCCCUGUUGCCCUCAGCCAGGGCGCCCUCGUUCCUGAGGACGUGGGCUUCGUGAGGGGGACGGGCUGCGCGUUUCCCCCGCGUCACUCCCCUGCCCCUUAA